UGAUUUCAUUUGUUUUGGAUUUGAGAGAGACAAGGAUAUUCAUAAUUAUAUAUAAUAUUAAUUAAAUAUUAUUUCGACAGUGUCUGUCUACAUACAUACGUGGUUAACGUCCAUGGAUUUCUCGCUCAAGAAAUCGUUCAAGUCCCACAGCUCCUAUAAUAAACAUACGAAGAAGAUCUCCGCAGGUGGAGGUGCCCAAACCAGCCACGAAGAGCUACCUAUUCUAUCGGAUCAAGACAUUGUUGAAGAUCGACACCCCCACAUUCCGAACCCGAUGAAGGAAGACUCCAAUGACCGGAAUGAGGUCAUUGUAAAAAUCGAUGAAGGAGGUGAUUCUACCGCCGCCGCCGCCACGUCCGGCGACUCUUCUAAACAUGCCGGCAAGAUUUGGCAGGAAACGAGCUAUGAUGUGUGGAAGGACCCUGCCAGAGAUAAUGUGAACGACCACGACGACGGAGGAGAUGGUGAUGAUGCGACUAGAAUGAGUUUUAAUUUUGUGCAAGGUAAUAAUAAGCUGCAGAAGCAAGGUAUGGAGGAUCCUCCGUCGAAGUUGAUUGGCCAGUUUUUGCAUAAGCAGAGGGCUUCAGGGGACACGGCAUUGGAUAUGGAUUUGGAGAUGGAGGAGCUCAAAAGCCACCAUGAUAGAGAUUUGCAGCCUUUGGCCGAGUCUCCGAUGAAUGUUUGGCAAUCGAUGGAGUUGAAGGUGGCGUAUAACCAUCCGUCGACUUCGACGGACGGCGUCGAUGGAUUACAGGCGACGGAGUCGAUGCGGCGGCGUUACAGGGAUUCGAUGGACGACAAGGAGAGUCAAGGACAACCUUAUAAUGAAGAGGAAGAGGUUGUGAGGUGUACCUCAAACGCGUCGUUUCAGCCCGAGCUUUCGUUUCAGAGGAGGUCUAGUUUGUUACGGGUAAAGACCAGGUCCAGGCUUAUGGACCCGCCAGAAGAUCCAGAUAGACGAGCUGAUCGAGUUUAUAGGUCUGGGCAGAUACCCAGGUCGGGUCAGGUGCUGAAAUCUGGUAUGUUGCCGAAGUCGGGGCAAUUGAAAUCUGGGUUUUUGGGGAAGGCCGGGGAUGACGAAGAGGAUGACCCGUUUUUUGAUGAGGACUUACCCGAUGACUUCAAUAGGUCGAAUCUUAGUGUCUUGACUCUGAUUCAGUGGGCUAGUUUGGUUUUGAACGUUGGGGCAUUAGCUUGUACGCUUUCUGUACCACUUUUGAGGGAGAAAAACUUGUGGAAAUUGAAGCUAUGGAAAUGGGAGGUCUUGAUUGCGGUUCUGAUUUGUGGGAGGUUGGUCUCGGGUUGGGGGAUUCGGAUUGUGGUGUUCUUCAUUGAGAGGAAUUUUCUACUUCGUAAAAGGGUUCUUUAUUUCGUUUAUGGUAUUAGAAAAGCUGUUCAGAAUUGUUUAUGGCUGGGCCUUGUUUUGAUUGCUUGGCACUUCUUGUUUGAUAAAAAAGUUGAGAGAGAGACUAGGAGUGAGGGCCUCAGAUACGUGACUAAAGUAUUGGUUUGUUUCUUGGUGGGUACUUUGCUUUGGUUGGUGAAGACCCUCAUAGUGAAAGUACUUGCUUCUUCAUUCCAUGUUAGUACCUACUUCGACAGAAUUCAGGACUCGCUUUUCAACCAGUUUGUGAUUGAAACGCUCUCGGGUCCACCAUUGAUUGAGAUUCACAAAACAGAGGAAGAGGAUGAGAGACUUGCCGAUGAGGUUCAGAAGCUCCAAAAUGCUGGGGCUACAAUACCACCUGACCUUAAGGCCACUGCUUUCUCUUCAGGAUUCCCACCCCCGAGAACUAGCCGAGUCAUCGGGAGUGGUCGGUUGUCCAAGACAAAUAAUAGUGCCAAACUCUCUCGGGUGCUUAGCAAGAAGUCAGACGAGGGAAUAACAAUUGAUCAUUUACAUAAGUUGAAUCCCAAGAACGUAUCAGCCUGGAAUAUGAAAAGGCUUAUGAAAAUAGUGCGAAAUGGUUCUCUUACUACGCUUGAUGAGCAGAUUUUGGAUUCGACUAAUGAUGAUGAGUCCGCUACUCAGAUCAGGAGUGAAGUUGAGGCCAAGGCUGCAGCCAAGAAGAUAUUUCUGAAUGUGGCUAGGCGGGGCUGCAAGUUUAUUUACGUUGAGGAUUUGAUGCGUUUCAUGCGAGAAGAUGAGGCUCUAAAGGCCAUGAGUCUCUUUGAAGGGGCAGUGGAGACUAAAAGAAUCAGCAAAUCUUCCCUUAAAAACUGGGUGGUUAAUGCAUUCAGAGAGCGGAGAGCACUCGCUUUGACACUAAAUGACACCAAAACUGCUGUCAACAAACUUCAUCAUAUGGUAAACAUAAUAGUUGCUAUUGUUAUAGGCGUCAUAUGGCUUCUUGUACUAGGAAUCGCCACCAGCAAAUUUCUACUCUUCGUCAGUUCGCAGCUAGUACUUGUGGCGUUUGUUUUUGGAAACACUUGCAAGACGGUUUUUGAAGCCAUUGUUUUCUUGUUUGUGAUGCACCCUUUUGACGUCGGAGACCGGUGUGAAAUCGAUGGAAUUCAGAUGGUUGUUGAAGAAAUGAACAUCUUAACUACCAUUUUCCUAAGGUAUGACAAUACUAAAAUAAUAUUUCCUAAUAGUACUCUUGCCACAAAGGCCGUCAACAAUUUCUAUCGAAGUCCAGACACAGGAGAUGGUGUUGAGUUCUGUAUCCACGUAGCUACUCCGGCAGAGAAGAUUGCAGCAAUGAAACAAAGAAUAACAAAUUAUGUUGAGAGCAAGGUGGAGCAUUGGUAUCCUGCACCAAUGAUUAUAAUGAAGGACCUUGAAGAACUAAACAGGGUAAGAAUGGCUGUGUGGUUGUGCCACAAAAUGAACCACCAAGACAUGGGUGAACGGUAUUCUAGAAGAUCUCUUCUGAUAGAAGAGAUGGUCAAGACAUUCCGGGAACUUGACAUCCAAUAUCGUCUUCUUCCAAUAGACAUUAAUGUCUGUGCCAUGCCGACUGUGACCUCUACGCGGCUUCCCAAUAGCUGGACUGCACCUACAAGCUGAGAAAAUGAACAAGACAACCAAACAAUAACUUGAUAACCACAUUGAGCUAAGGAAAGGAAGUGAGUGAGCCUGGGAGGCGUUUUGGGUUGGGGAAUGGGGGGUGGUGUUCAUAAGAAAGAGUAGUAGGAUUUUUUUUUUUUUUUUUUUAUUCUUGUAAGCAAUUAUAUCAUUUAGUUGGUUGAGCUCCCUAGGAAUUAUUAAUUAGUGUCUUAUAAUGCAAUUGAUAGAAUUUCAGCUUAUUUGCUCUUGUGUACGUUUCGUAUUGUCUUGUUAGUUUAUAAAAUAACUGUCUAUUCACGAUUU